CUCGGAGUGACGUCAAUAGAGCGCGCGGUGCCGGGCGCAGUGUGUGAGAGCUGCAGCCAUGUCCUACUGCAGGCAGGAGGGAAAGGACAAAAUUAUCUUUGUAACCAAAGAAGAUCACGCGACGCCGAGCAGCGCAGAGCUCAUCCCCGAUGACCCCAACGAUCCAUAUGAAGACCAAGGUUUGAUUCUUCCCAAUGGAGACAUUAACUGGAAUUGUCCGUGCCUGGGCGGUAUGGCCAGCGGGCCGUGCGGGGAGCAAUUCAAAGCGGCCUUCUCUUGCUUCCACUACAGCCAGGAGGAGGUCAAGGGCUCAGACUGCCUGGAGCAGUUCCGGGCGAUGCAGGAGUGCAUGCAGAAAUACCCCGACCUCUACCCCCAGGAGGACGAUGACGAGGAGGACAACAAAGACAAGCAGAGCCCGGAGCCAGCGCCUACGGAGACUUCCCCUGUGACGGCGGUGGAGUCAUCCAGCUAAUGCAAGAGAAGAAGGGGGGAGAGAGAGGGGCACAGCCUCCAAGAUUUUACCUCCUUCUGUUCUAUGGACCAUGUCAUCCAGAGCUGCCCUUCUGUCUUAUGCAGGGCCCUGCAGGAGCAUGAUAGCUGGAGAUCACUGCUAACCCUGUUAGAGCAUUUCCCCUUUAAGAAAGGUAAAAAAAAAAAAAAAGUUCAAUUUUAACCAGUUCUUUGCUAUAUCUGAUUCUGGGAAAGCUGGGUUACUACCCAUUUGGACACCUCAUCACUCAGCUUUCCUAGUGGCCCAGCAUGGCAGAUCCAUAUUCCUCUAUUGCUUGAUAACGCGACAGAUUUGCCAUUUAGGGGGUUUGGAAAGCUGUGUGGUGGUAACAGUGGCCAUAUCGGCGACUACCCAGCUUUUCCGGAAAUUUAUAUAACGGAGGGACAAUCGGGGAACAGUCCGCUUUAUUGUGGGAGUUUUCUGUUACUUUCCUUGGUUCCUGUUCGCACCUCGCUAUCUUUUCAAUGGUCACCUAUGGGGGAUGGACACAACGAAAAUCAGUAGAAGGGAAGACCGCCCCCCGCCUGUGCCUCGCACCUGCCACUGCCGCCUCUCCUCCCAGCUGCACUGAAUUUACUAGACUCCUUACCUGUGGAUGGCGACCUGAAUAUAUUAAAUCUCUUUUUACCUUCU